CGAGGCUCGUCCCUUCUAGGGAGGGGGAAAGCGCCGCGCGAGACGUGGGGCUGCGAGUGGGCCAGCAGCACCGGGAGGAGCCGAAGCAGGAGCAGCAGCAGCAACAGAGCAGGAGGAAGGGAGGAAAGGAGCCGCCCUGCAGCCAAGAAAUCUGGCCCCUGGCAAAGGAAGGGAGGCUCUGCUGCCAUGAGCCCUCCGGCAGCAAGCCCCAAAAUCCUGUACCGAAAUUCCCGCCUCCUCCGCAUGGUGUUUCUGCAGCUUCAUCGCCAACAGAGAGCCGAUUUAUUUUGCGAUGUUGUCCUGCAAGCAGAAGGACAAGCUGUUCCAGCACACUGUUGCAUCCUGUCAGCCUGCAGCCCCUUCUUCACGGAGCGCUUGGAACGAGAAAUGCCCCCCAAAGGACACAAAGUGGUGCUGGAGAUCCGAGGCCUCAAGAUCGGAACGCUGCGUAAACUGGUCGAUUUCCUCUACACUUCUGAAAUGGAGGUGUCUCGGGAGGAAGCCCAGGAUAUUAUUGCAGCUGCGCGGCAGCUUCAGGUGUCAGAGCUCGAGUCGCUUCAGCUGGAGGGAGGGAAGUUAGUCAAAAGGUCGCUGGGCCCACGGUUAAAUCGUAACUGCUUGCAGCUCUCCAGUCCAGUAUUCAGUCCAGAGGCAAGCUUGAUGCAGUCUCCUGCCGUCUCUGCUGGUGGCUCCUUGACUUCCUUGGUGGUUGCACGCAAGCAACGUGCAGCAGCGAAACUUCCAUGCAGCAAAGAUAACAAUAAUGGUGCUGGCCAGAAAGAGGCAAAGAAGCAAAAACCUAUGGCAGCAAUUCUAAGUUGUGACAAACAAAUGCCUAAGGACCCAACAGUUCCUGCUGAUCAGUUGCGAAUAAAAGGCAAAAAACGUGCAGCAAGUAUGUUGAAAAAUACAUCAGGCAAUGAUGAGGCUGACAAUCUGCAGACAGAGGAAACUGGGAAUGGAGAAAAGCAAGGGGCAGUGAGCUCCCAGGAGACAAAAAAAAUCAAGAUCAGCCGCUCAAAGCUCUCCACUCAGCCUUCUCCCGUGCCCUGUCCAACCAAAAACCAUAGCACCAUGGCACCUAGCAAGUCCUCAGUGUCUGCCAGGCGGCUUUGGAGACAGAAGAUUCCCCCUAGUAAGGAUGGGGCCAAAGAGAGGGAAGACACCUGCCAUUUCCGGAGCCCCUCUCUUGUUCCUAAGACUGCGAAAGGCAGGAAGCGCAAUGUCAGUGAAUCAGCUCCUAGCUCCAACCUUCCUCCUGAGGCAGGACAGAUUGGCCGGGUGAAGCUCCGGAAGGUUGUCAAUGGCGGCUGCUGGGAAGUGGUACAGGAAUCGUUCGCAAAGCCCACAGGGGGAGCAAACACUGUGUAUGUUUUGCAGGACAAGGACCCCCAGUCUCAGCUCCACUGUCCCAAGGCAGAGAGAGUUGAUGCACAAGAACCAGCCAGCUCUCCUAAACUUCCUGCAAAACAGAAGGCCUCACCUUAUAGCGAAAAGAACCUGGCGGAAGAGGAUAAAAGCAAAGAGGUGUUGGGUGAAGCAGACGGUGAUGUUGCAACCUCUUAUGAACUCAGUGUGUUUGAGCUAGAACACCUGGCUGAGGAUGAACAGUAUGGUAGUGUGGCUUCAAAUGGAGAGUUGGAGCACAUGUUGGAUUUGCUUCUGGCAGAUGACGAUACUCUUGGGGACUCCCAAGGCACUGCUGCUCCAGGUACUGCAAAUGUAUCAGGCCUUUCAUUAGGAGAAAAAAAGAGUCCGUUGGGAACUGUAGAUGAAGAAAAAGACAAGUCUUCCACAGAUGCGUCAGUGUGUCAGCCAUUGGUUAAGUCUGAAGAUAGGCCCCUAAAAACAGAGCAGGAGGCUCCUAAUCUAGAAAUUGAUGAAGAAACUCAUGGCUCAGGGAAUGGGCUCCUCUUGACAAACUCCGUUCUUGAUUCCCUUCCUCUUGUGGCAGCUGAACCAGGUCAUGAGAGUUCGACCUUGUGCAAAGCAGCUUCUCUGCCGGAGCUGGACGACUGGACAGAACCCGAACACCAAUUGACUGCCUUAGAAAAUGACACUGGCAGGUUUUCUGAGGCUUUGGCAGCUGUUUCGGCAGGUAACAAGGACCAAGGGCUGCCGCCUCAUGGAGUGGGAAUCUCAGGUACAGAAGCACAGUGGCCGACUCAAGUUGUGCGAAGGAACCCUUUGCAACACAGCUUGGACUGCAAGCUGCUACCCCUCUUAGCCAGCUUAGAAGAAGAAGAGCUGGAAGUUGGUGGGGUAGAAGAACUCUUUGUUAGCAUUGAGUGUGUCCGGCCAGAUCCCUCUCCAGUGUCUGAAACUGAAGUGGAUGUUCUAAGCUAGUGGGGCAAGGAGUUGCCUUGACUGUCUAUAGAGAUAUAUAGGGCGCACUCAGUGCUUCCAUUAAGCUCCAUGGCAGGUAAAUAUGAAAGGAGCAGAGGAAAAACAUGUAUUCUGAGGUGUUUUAAGUUGAAGGGUAUGUUUCCAUUCCAAUUCAUGGAUGGGGGUUAUUUCAUCAUCACUCCUCAUCCCAGUCUAAUCAUGGCUGUCAGAUUUAUGUCUCUUCGUAUACGGUACACAGAAACAUAGGUCUUCAAAAAGGAAGCCUACAGGCAUUGCUUCUGUGAAGAGUACUGAAACUUCCACAUAUAGAAAGACUUCACUGUUUGCCAAGGGUUGUGCUUGUUAAUUUGUGUUUUUAUCUCUGCCUGAAAUGAAGGCAGAUCAUAGAAAUGCCUCACAUUACAUGCCACAAUUGGUAUGGAUCUAGAACUCAGUGGAUCAAUCACUUUUGCUGUCUGAGUUUAAAAGGGUAUUUGGGUCACACAGCAGGGUUAUAUCCAGCUAUUCAAACUCCUGCACUUCCAUUCAUAGACUAACUGUAAAAUGUUAUAUUGGUUAGGUAGCUGGAUGGAAUUAUUUCAUGUAUUCCUCACUGUUAGGGUGACUUUUUCCACUCUGAGUGAGCUAUAGAAUUAACUCAGCAGUAGGAUAGGGAAGAGACACAGUGCCCUUGUUCCACUGAUGCCACAUACCUGCCUCCUUUCACUGAAGUCAUUUAGGCACUUCAGAGCAUCAGCACAAGUAUUGUGACUGCAUACUAAGGGUUUAAUUUCUUUGUGAAGCACUGCCACAUUUUGGGACCAUAUGUUAAAGCAAUUGCUGGCUGGAGAAAUCAGUUCCUUAUGUAAUGCACUACCAUAGAAAAUGCACUACCACAGGCAAGCUCCCUUGCCUUAUUGCUUCUGUUAGAUCUGGCCAUUUGGACUCCCAACAGCUGGCCUACUGUACGGAGAAGCUGAUGCAGUGGACAGUAGAGUAUCUUAUAUAGAAAGUCCCUCCCAAGGGCUUUAAAAUUAAAUGAAAAUUGCUUGUUUUUCAUUGAAGCCAUCUUCCUUGUGCUUACAGCUUCUUCAGAGAGGUGAACUGAGGUUCAGUGGCCCAUACCUCCAUGAAGCUCACAAGUGGGGAACAGACGAUGAGUGGAUGGUGCAGACAAGGAUAAAUGUUGAGUUGUGACUUGUUCAAAUAAAGUUUAAGUUUUUCUGCGA